CACUUCAUGACCACACCAGCCAUCGAUAUCACUGGCCUAUCUAAAAGCUUUUCCAAGCUGUCCGCCUUAAAACAAAUCAGCUUAACUGUUGAACAAGGGCCCAAUGGUGCAGGAAAAACCACGCUAAUUUCUAUCCUUGCGGGGCUAACUCAACCGACCCAAGGGGGAGCGCGGGUCAUGGGCCAUGAUGUGGUCAAAGACUACCCCCUCUCUCGUCGCGCCAUAGGGGUCGUACCCCAAGAACUGGUUUUUGAUCCUUUUUUUACAGUGCGUGAGACCUUACGGUGGCAGUCAGGGUAUUUUGGUAUUCGACAUCCCGAUGAUUGGAUUGAUGAAAUUUUAAGCCAUCUGGGGCUCACCGAUAAGGCCAACGCCAAUAUGCGCACUUUAUCGGGCGGGAUGAAACGCCGCGUCAUGGUUGCACAGGCCUUAGUUCACAAACCCCCCGUGAUCGUACUCGACGAACCCACCGCAGGGGUUGAUGUGGCACUGCGCCAGACUCUUUGGCAAUUUAUUCAGUCCCUUAAUCGUAAAGGGCAUACCAUUUUGCUGACCACACACUAUUUAGAGGAAGCUGAAACACUGUGCAAUCGUAUUGCCAUUAUUCAACGCGGCGAGCUGGUCACCGUUGCCCCCACACAAACGCUAUUAAACCAGUUUCACCAAUCCAUUUUGUCG